CCCACUUCACUCAAGAUCAGUCUGCUACACCAAACUAAUACUUGAAUCCAGUAAAUAUUACCAGGAAGGAGAGGGACUUUGUUGACGUUUUUUUUGUUACUUCCACAUGACAGGUUAAUAGUUUCUUUUUUCAGUUCUUGGCAAUGUUUCCCUGCCCCAGCAGCACGUCCACUCCCUUCUCUGUAAAGGAUAUAUUAAACUUGGAGCAGAGUCAUGACGUUAUGGUGUCUCCUCUGGACGUUACUUCUCGUAUGGACUGCUGCAGCGUGCCGACCUCCUCCUCCUCCUCCUCUUCCUCCUCCUGCAUGCUGGCCCGCCUGAAGAAGGAGCCUCUCCGGGACAUGUCGUCCGCCAUCUCGAUGUUUGGAGAAGACCUGCAGGAUCCCAGAGCCGGCAGAGGAAAUGCACUCAACUUCGCUACUACCUUUUAUGGGAAAUCCCUCAUGGAGAUGGAUUUGGUUAAGGAUGGGAAAUCAGACGCGUUUGAGGGGAAACGUAGAAAAGAGGAGUUCAGCCCUCCUGUGGAAGACACAAAACCCGAGGAUCCGAACCGAACCAAGUCCCGGAGACGCAGGAAGCCGCGCGUGCUCUUCUCCCAGGCGCAGGUGUACGAGCUGGAGCGGCGCUUCAAGCAGCAGAGGUACCUGUCCGCCCCGGAGAGAGACCACCUGGCCGGAGGGCUCAAACUCACCCCGACCCAGGUGAAGAUCUGGUUCCAGAACAGGAGGUACAAGUGCAAGCGGCAGAGGCAGGACCAGAGCCUGGAGAUGGUGUCGCUGCCGCCACCCAGGAGGGUGUCGGUGCCGGUGCUGGUGCGGGACGGGAAGCCCUGCCUGGCCGCAGACACAGGCUCCUACAACCCGUCCUACAGCCUGGGGCACAUCAACCAUUUCACGUAUAACAACUACCCGGCUUUCAGUAACUAUACCAGCCCCGGCUGCAACACAAACUAUGCGUGUAACUAUCCUGCAGCCACGAUGCAAACUAUGCAAGGGUCCUCCAACAACGGGAACUACAUGAACUUCGGGGUGGGGGACCUGAAUAACGUGCAGAACACAUUCUCCUCCAGUAAUGGGGUGUCUUCGUUACAUGGCAUUAGGACGUGGUAAACAGAUCUGUGUUUCUGUUUCAGUUUAAAUGGGUUGUUUUACGAUUGCAUGCAUUUUUAAAUGUGUAAAGACUUUCAGAGUGUCGUCUAACUUUUAUUAUAUUAAAUUACUUAUUUCUGAUAGUUUUUCGUUUGUGUUUUAAGCACUGAAUAGCUUACAUUUGUAUUUAUUUUCAUGCCCUGUAAAUCAAAUUUCAAGAUCUGACUGAGCGCACAUGUGAAAUUUGAGCCAAAAAAAGAUGCAAGCAAAGUUCUUUAAAUGUUUUUUUAGAACACCAAUUUUCUUUCCCUUCCUUUUAUUUUAUUAUUUGUAUUGACUCCAAUUGUAUUAUUCGAUAUUUGUACCUAUAAAGAUCAGAUUCAGCGGGCAAGAAUAAAAAAUAUAAAACCACUUAAUUUAUUAUAUAAGGCUAUUAUUGUACAUUUAAUUACUAUUAUUGUCUUUUAUAUUGCUUGAAAUAAGCUAAUUAUGAAAAUGAAAUUGCAAUAAUUUGCUCUAAUUUGGCUCUAUAUAAAAUACAUGAUAAAGUAUAUAAUAUGUGAACUAUGUCUGUGGGUCACAUAAUGGUUGCACUGGUUAACCAGCAGGAUCCUAAAGUUUUUACAACCUUCAUAUGGUUUGUGUCUGGUUAACAUGUUCAAGUGGCCAUUAGGAAGCUUCUUUCAAUGUUCUUAAACAAGGUUAAAAGGUUGUUCAGAGUUGACACUUUUUAAUGCUCCCUGUCAGCCACCUACACGCAUGUUUUAAGUCAGAGAUGGCUGUCAGCCAUGACCUUGAGCGGUACUAAAUGUUUUUACAUCAAGAGGAAAUGCUGUUUUUAAUUCUGUGGAUAUGCAAACUUUUAGAUUUUUCUUUUAUUAUAUUUACAAGACUUUUCUAUACACUUUCUCAAAAUGCCAUUCUGAAAGUCAGCAACCUUUUUUCUCUGUACUUGUACAUAUGACAAAUUCAAGAUGUUACCUGAUCCAAGAUAUUUAUCUAUUUUUGGACAGUUUACUUAAUUAUUAAAUACUUCCUUUUUGAAAUUA